AUCUUCUUCUUCUUCUGCGUUUGUGUUUGUCAAAACAAAAUUAAAAACUAAAACCUCGCUCAAAUUGUCCCCCGUUCGUAAAAACCUUUGAAAUUCGCGUUAUUUAUUUGUCCAAAUGUAAGCGACGGUCCGCCGCGCAUCAUUGUACAUGAGCCCAUGUGUGCCAUCACCGUUUGAAUGCCACCAAUUCGCUGGGAAGAGUUGCGCGUCUGAGCGAAAAAAACUGGACAUGUUUUGCUCAAUACACUUGUGACUGCCGUAAUCUCAAUUAAAAACGCUGCAAUGUUGCAGUACAAAAGUGCCGCCAGUGCGGUGAACAAUGCGCCCGCAGCCACGACCUCGGCGGCUGGUGGUUCGGCUAAAACGGCGCCACCAAAUGCAGCAAGUGCCGUCUCCACCACAACCGUUGAGGUCGCCGCCCCUCAGCAACAAGCGCAGCCCCAGAGUGCACCUUCUUUGCAGCAGAUCAUUAACAUCCACCAGAUGCCACCGCAGUUCGCCGGCGGAGCGGUGGCCGGUGGAGCUCAGGCGGCCGGAAUGCCACAGAACAUGUUCCAGAUCGUCCAGCCAAUGCCAAUGCAAACGGUCAAUAUUGAUGGCCAGGAGGCCAUCUUCAUACCCAACCUAAACGCCCAGUUGGCCACCGCGCAGGCGGUCAACAUAAACGGGCAGCAGGCGUUCAUCACGCCCAACGGCCAGAUCCUAAGAGCUCCCCAGGUGUCAGCCAAUCCUGCGGCCUCCAAUUGCAUUCAGCUGCAGCAUCUAAACAAUCUGGGACAGGAGCCAACACAGCUUAUCAGCAUACCCGGCACGAACAUCCAAAUACCUGUUACCAAUCUCAUCCAGCAACAACAGCAGCAGCAGGUGCAACAAGUGCAUCAGGGAGCCGUGCAGCAGCAGGCGCAGGCAGCGAAUGCUGCGAAUGGUGGCACUGCGGCGGCAGCAGCAACCGGUGGAGCUGCGGGGCAACUGCCUGGCAGCAUCACCAUCCCCGGCACGAACCUGCAAAUUCCCACAUCGGUGGCGGCAGCCAAUGGCUUGCUGGGCAACCUAACCAACCUGCUGGGUGGCGGGCAAUCGAUUAAGCUCGAGAAUGGCCAACUGCAGUUGCGUCCCCAACUAGUGCAGUUCCCUGCACAGGCAGUGCCCCAGCAGCAGCAGCAAACGGUGGCCGUGCAAAUCCCGGUUCAAACGACCGCCGGACAAACCAUUUAUCAGACGGUCCAUGUGCCUGUCCAGGCAGCUGCGACGGCAGGCGGUGGACUGCAGAAUCUGAUGCAGGCGCAGCCCCUGCAAAUGCCUGCCGCCUCACAAAUGCAGAUCAUCCCGCAGUUUUCGCAGAUCGCCCAGAUUGUGACGCCCAACGGGCAAAUCCAGCAGGUCCAACUGGCCAUGCCGUAUCCCCAGCUGCCGCCGAACGCCAACAUCAUACAUAUCCAGAACCCUCACCAGCAACAGCAACAAGUACAGCAAACCCAUCAGCAACAGCAGCAGGUUCAGCAGCAGCAACAGCAAGCGCAGCAGCAGGCACAGCAGCAGCAGCAACAACAGCAGCAGGUUCAGGCUCAACACCAGCAACUCCUUCAAGCGAUCAGUGAGGCCUGCGGGGGACAAUUGCCUCCCAACCAGCCCAUCACCAUCACGAAUGCCCAGGGCCAACAGUUGACCGUGAUUCCCGCACAGCUCCGACAAAAUGCGCCACAAGCUCCAACGCCCGCUCCAACUGCAGUGCCUGCGCCCAUGCAGUUGCCCAAUCUGCAGGCGUUGCCCAUACAGAACAUCCCAAAUUUGGGCCAAGUGCAAAUUAUCCACGCCAAUCAGUUGCCGCCAAAUUUGCCGGCCAACUUUCAGCAGGUGCUCACCCAACUGCCGAUGUCGCAGGCGCAGGUACAGCAGCCAACCCAUGUGCAGGUGAUGCCCAAGCAGGAGCCGCAGAGUCCCACGCAAAUGAUAACCAGCAUCAAGCAGGAGCCGCCGGACUCCUUUGGACCCAUCACCGCAGCCGUCAAUCCACCGACACCCGCACCCACGCCAACCACAUCGCUGCCGCAACAGCAGCAGAUCAAGUUCUUGCACACGGAGGGCAACUCUCUGUCCAGCCUGAGCAUACCGGCUUCCAUUCAGAUCACGGCGCUGCCACAGCCACCAGCGAAUCCACCGAACACCACGACAGCUCCGUCGUCUCAACCGAUUCCCGUAUCGCUGCCGGCGGCGAGAAGCAAAGCCAACCUGGUGAGCAGCUCCAGUGCACAGAUAACGAUCGCCCCGACCGGCGGUCAAGUAGGAGCGGUCACCACACAGGAGGGAGCGGCUGCCAGCAUAAGGAGUACGAAUAGUGGCAGGACGACGAUAACAACGCCGGCCCAGAGCAAUCAGAGUAUGAGCAUCAGCGUGGCGAGCGGCGGUGGUGGUGGCGCAUCGGGUGGCGGCGGUGGAGCGGCAGCUGGAGAACCGAAGCCGCGCUUGAAGCGAGUGGCCUGCACGUGUCCAAACUGCACCGACGGCGAGAAGCACUCGGACAAGAAGCGCCAGCACAUCUGUCACAUCCCCGGCUGCCAGAAGGUGUACGGCAAGACAUCCCACCUGCGGGCCCAUCUGCGCUGGCACACCGGGGAGCGGCCGUUCGUCUGCUCCUGGGUGUUCUGCGGCAAGCGGUUCACCCGCUCCGACGAGCUGCAGCGCCACCGGCGGACGCACACGGGCGAGAAGCGGUUCCAGUGUCGCGAGUGCAACAAGAAGUUCAUGCGCAGCGACCACCUGUCCAAGCACAUCAAGACGCACUUUAAGAGCCGCUCGGGCGUCGAGCUCAUCGAGCUGAACAUCAAGCAGGAGGGCGGCGUCAAGAGUGGGAAUGCGCCGAAGAGCAUCAGCACGAUGAGUGGCAUUGUGACGAUAGAGAUUCCGGGCGGCAGGACGACGACGGCGGGCAGUGGUGCGUCCAGUGUGGCGGCAACGGUUGCGGGCUCAACUGUGACGCCUGGCGGCGCCACAAUUGUUCAGCUGCCGAAUGUGGACGCCACUGGCGGCGCGGACAGCUUCGGCGAGGACGAGGAUGACGAAGAGGAUGAGGAGCUGACCGAAGAGGACGACGAGGAGGAAAUGGCCGAGGACGAGCUGGACGAUUGCGAGGAUGAGGAAGAGGACGAGGAGCCGGAAUUUGACAGCAGCGAUGAGGCAAAGAUGACAAUCGCUGUCAGCGAGCCGGGCGACAACUCGUCCAACUAGCAUUCGGAGUCGCUGUUCAUGGAACAGUUCUUGUUUGACCACUUCCCGUAGCACCCACCGAUCCCUGCCACGCCCCGUGGGACCAUGUACCAUGUAAACUAGGCAUAACUGUAAAUUGUACAUAGCGUAAUUAUGUAAAAGCGAGCAUUUCAAAUGUUUCACUCCGUGUACAGUUCCGGCUGCGGAAUAUCGUAGAUUAGUGUAAAUAAUUUCAAUCGAGCCUCGUAUUGUAGUUAAGAUUUUAUUAUUAAUUUUAAACGAUUUUAAGGGACUCAUGUUUUUUACCCAAUUUUUUACACACCCUUCAAUAGGCACAUAAAAACUAAACAAACUAAAUAAAUUCAAAUUUUUCAAUCUUGAUUAAA